AUGCACUCAUCCGCCACGAUGCUGCUCUCUCUCGCUCUCGUCUUCGCCCCUCUGGCGGCUGCCCUCCCGGUCGAGAGUCCUCUCGAGAUUCUCCGCCGAGAGCCGUCUGCCGGCGUUGUCAUUCGCCAGUGCUCCCGGCCUGGCGUCCUCGCCCUCGCCUACGACGACGGUCCUUACCAGUACACCUCCGAGCUCGUUGACAUACUUGACGCUGCCGGCGCCAAGGCCACCUUCUUCUGGACCGGCACCCUCUACGGCUGCAUCUACGACCAUGCUCCGGCCGUGAAGAAGGCAUUUGCGUCCGGCCACCAGGUCGCCUCACACACGUGGACCCAUCCCAACACCUUUGGCUCCAUGACCCCCGAGCAGCUGACGGGCGAGAUGGACCGCCUCGACGACGCUCUCGUCAACAUCCUCGGCGUCAAGCCCCAGUACAUGCGGCCGCCGUACCUCAUGACCGGCGGAAACGUCCUGCCGACCCUCAAGGAACUCGACUUCAACGUCAUCACGACCGACGUCGACUCGGGCGAUUGGGACAGCAAGACGCCCGAGGAGAGUCUGCUGCGAUUCACGCGCGCCGGUAGCUGUGGAAAGGGCCACAUCUCGCUGAUGCACGAGACAUACGCGAGUACCGUGAGGACCCUGACGCCCUACCUCAUCGACUGGGCCAAAUCGCGCAACCUCAAGCUUGUGACCGUUGCCGACUGCCUCGGCGAUGCCGACGGUGCCUAUCGGGCCGGAAACUUCACCGGCAGCGGGCAGACGUCAUGCUAG